AUGCGAUAUGCUAUUGCAUUGGCAAAAAGUCACAAGCGUGAUGACAAAUAUCGUGCAAUUGGAUUACUAGAAGAUCUAUUGGAACAAACUUAUGCUCCCAAGGAAAGUUUAUAUUGGAUUGCAUUGACGUUAUGUGGAUUAGGCGAGUAUCGUGAUAGUCGCACGUACUGCGAACGUUUGCUCCAGAUUGAACCAUCACACAUGAAAGCUCACUAA